AAAUCCAAGCUUUAUCUAGUGACAUUCGGACCGCCGGUUUCAUCUUAUCGGUGCCAUUGUUUCUAUUUAGUGACUUCUUAUCUGCUUAUCAGCAAUUCGUUGUUUGCGAUUCCAGUCGGCCGGCCAGCAGUAGACACGAAAGAAUUUUUUGGGUUUUGCAACAGUCAAAAAUUUACCGGCAAAAUGGUCAUUCGUAAGUUGUACGUUCCUCCCACGGUUGUCAAAAAUGGUUUACCUCGUCUGGACGUUCAGAUGCAGCGCCCGGUGUUUCAAGAGGAGCCUGCCGCUGUUGCUUUCAGCACUAUUGUGGAAGAAAGUGCAGCAGCUGAAGAUUCCACCGAAAAUGAUGAUGUAAUAUUGCAGAUAAAACCAGGCAAGAUUGUAGGAUGCAAGGAGGUUCUUCCCAACGGAGGAAGCUUAUACCGUUUUAGUGGCAUCCCCUAUGCCAAACCUCCAGUUGGUGAGCUAAGAUUCAAACCUCCGGUACCUCUGGAACGCUUUGACGUAGAUAUGUUGGACUGUAAGCGUGAGCGUAGCAUUUGUUUCAGCAUACAAUACAUUCCACCGGAUGCUGGUGAAUCAGCUUCCGAGGAUUGCCUGUUUCUAAAUGUCUACACGCCAACUCUACGAGAGGACGAAUCGGCUGGGGGCCUUCCCGUGAUGGUGUGGCUUCACGGCGGAGGCUUUAACAUGGGUAGUGGAGAUGCGUCAUUAUACUGUCCGAAUUACUUGGUGCAGGAAGGGGUAGUGGUCGUCACUUGCAACUACAGAUUGGGACCGCUUGGGUUUAUGUUCUUGCCAUCGAUGGGAAUUUAUGGUAAUAUGGGCCUGAAAGAUCAGCGGCUGGUGCUGAAAUGGGUUCAGGAGAACAUUCAAGCAUUUGGAGGUAACUCAAACAAUGUAACCCUGUUCGGUGAAAGCGCUGGCGGUGCUUUGGUUCAUUUGAAUUAUAUUUCGGAAAGUUCAAGACAGUAUUUCCAUAAGGCAAUUUGCAUGUCGGGCGUUUCAUACAACCCUUGGGUUUUGCAAGGUGAUGCUGAAGGAAAAGCUCGUCGUCUUGCAGUAUUGUUGGGAGCAGAAACAACUAAUGACGAUGUUGUUUACGAAACACUUCUCAAAGCACCAGCGAAAGAUCUUAUUUCGAGAUCCCCUGCAGUUAUGACGGAUGACGAGAAAAGAACUGACAUGUUCUAUCCUUUUACCCCUGUGGUCGAACCUAGCAACGCUGUUGAACCAUUUCUGACGGAAAACUUCAUCAGCCUAAUGAUGAAUCCAAACAUGACGAAUAUACCGAUAAUAAGUGGAGUAACCAGUAGCGAGGGUUUGUUGAUUUCUGCUCAGUUAAUGAGUGGAAUAGAGGAAUAUGCUGCUAAUCCUACAAAACUGGUACCUCUGGAUUUGCAUCUUCCCAGAGAGGAACUGACCGAAGCUGCAGGUGAAAUAAAACGAUUUUUCUUCGGCGAUGCUGAUAUCGCAACAGACGGACUGCAAACCUUGGUUGACAUCGUAUCGGAUAAUAUGUUUAUCAUGGCGGCUUACGUAGCUAGUGAAUUACACGCGCGUUAUCAGCAUGAGGCGCCGCAAUACUUCUACGUGGUGUCUUUCGAGGAUGAGUUGAAUAAAUUCAGGACAUUGUUCCAAGCACCGGAUAAUUUGUCGGGGGUGUGCCACGCGGAUGAACUUCUGUAUCUGUUUAGUUCAUCGCUGAUGGGAACUGAGGUGGAGGUUGGUUCUAGGGCGGAUCAAUUCCGGAGUACCAUGUGCAAACUGUGGACCAAUUUUGCAAAAUGUGGUAAUCCAACACCGGAAGGUGGGGGUCUGGACUUUGUCUGGGAACUGGUGAAACCUGUGAACGAUUCGGAAUUUACACUGGUUGCAGCUGACUUGAACGAAGAAUGUAAAAUGGUGGAAAAUCCAUUUAUGGAACGUGUUCAGUUUUGGAGAGAGUUGUACGCACGUUAUGUUGGUAGCCAUCUAGUGAGAAGAGCUGAUAACUGAUUACUAAAUUUCCGUUAAGCAAUUGCACGUACUCGAAUAAAACGUUUGAUCAAAACUGAAAGACAGCAGAUAAUUUGAUUACAUGAGCUUCAUUCAAACAGUAGUCAAAUAAUAUAAGAAGGGGCGAAUUCAGGGGG